AUGGCGUUAGAAUUUGAAAAAAAAGCAUUCAAAUCGUCCAUGGAUGAUAAAAUCCCAUCCUUCUUUCCAUUGGACACAUCAGACAUCUCAAUUACCGAAAAUUCUUUAAAUCAAGUAAUCGCGUAUUUCGAAAAAUCCAAAUACAAUCGUGACCUAUGCUCCGAGGGAGCGGAGAUUGCGCGAAAAAGCAAACAAGUUUUCAACAAAAUUGAAGAACUGACUGAAAGAUACUUUAGCUACCAACAGCAGGAUGAGGCGCAUUCAGACCUCAUGUCGCCUGAAAAUUCCACGGGAAUUAAUAGGUCAAAAACCUUCGAGAAUAAAAAGGAAAAGAAUAAUGCACUUUCCGAUGUGAAAUCUCCGCUAAAAUCUCCGUUGUCCGCCGGUGCAUUCCAAGGGUUCCUCGAGGACAAUAAGGAACUUCUUAAGUUCACCGACAUUCUGUGGAAGAUCAGUAUAUUUUUUAAUGAUUAUGAAGCCCAAAACGUCGAGAGUUUCGAAUUACGGAAUGAAAUAAAAAAGUUAACCGAAGAAUUAAAUAAGGCCACCACCAAUUUGCAGAACGCUAUCGAAAAAUGGAGGUUAAAACGUUCCGGAUGGAACAGUAAUAUCAAAGCAAAGAUUUUUGCCCUCGCUAAAAUCAGGACCAUUAUGAAACAUUCGUCAUGCAACAAUGAACUCGAAGAAUUCGAAGUCAAGAAUUUCAAGAUAUCCGAGGAAAAAUUGAAGCCCGCACACUCGGGUGUCGUCUCUCCACAAAAACAUGCAUUUUCCGAACUUAAUGCCACAGAAGAGAAUCCCAUAUUCAGAGGAAGUAAAAAUCAUAUUCGGCAAUAUUGGUAUCUGGGAUUUAGAAGAGUGGCUGAGAAGGACCUGGGAAAAUUCGGCAUGCAAGAUAAGAUGUUGAUGAAAUUAAAAAAGGAAAUCGAUUUCAUGAAAAAGUUGAAAGAACAGGGCCCAAAUAUUCAUAUAUUGGAAUUUUUGGGGUAUUGCCAGCGUUCGAAUAAAAAUUUCUCGGUAAUCUGCGAAUGGGGAGAUUAUAACUUACAAACUUAUCUCGCCGAACACGUCGACUUGGUUUGGGACGAAAAACUAAACAUCGCAAGCGGAAUUGCCGAUGCAUUGAAGUAUUGUCAUGGGAAAAAUGUACUGCAUUACGACGUUAGAACCGAGAACGUGUUGUUGGAUCAACAUCUCCAGCCCAAAUUAUACAAUUUCCGAUUCGAGAAUUCUUCUGUUAUGCUGACCUCUCCGGACGCGGCUAUUGACGAUCCAAGAUAUAGUUCUCCGGAGAGGCUUAGGGGCGUAGUUUACAGCAAGGCUAGCGAGAUUUAUAGCUUUGCAAUGGUAAUGUGGGAAAUCCAACAUAACCAGAAACCCUACGCUGACCUGAACCCCGAUCAAAUAAAAACGAAGAUUCUUGCCGGAGAAUAUCCAGAACUCGAGCCUGUGACCGGUACUCCGGAAGAAUUUCAAAAUAUAAUGGAAAAGGCGUGGUCACUUUCACCCGACAAACGUCCAGGCAUGCAAUUAUUACACGAACUCCUUGAGAAACUUGACUUUGCAUUUUUAUCUAGCCAGCGGGUAAAGUUGAUUGGCAUCGAAGAGAACAACGAAGACCGCACAUCGAAAGAUUCAACGCAGCUUGAUACCAUCUCGAAUAAUUCGAUUUUAGAAAAUAAAGGCUUUGGCAAAAAUUAUAAUCCGUUGGUCGAGAAGUCACCAGAGAUCGAAAACGGAAUUCAUUAUCACGACGAAAGAAAAUAUAAGAAAGCAUGGAAGGUAUUCCGGGAGUAUGAAGAUUACUCGCAUGAUCCAGAAGCGAUGUAUUGGGUUGGCUAUUAUUAUCUGAAGGGACUUUAUGAUGGAAAAAAUGGGAAACCCGAUCCAGAAAAAGGUAUACCUUAUCUUAGCUCCGCGGCGAGGCUGGAUCAUGCUGAAUCACAAUUCCUGUACGCCAUCACGAUAUUGAAUACUCCUCAAGUGGCCAAGGAACACAAAAAGGAUCGAUACAAGCAUGCAGUUAAUUAUCUGAAAAGGGCGGCGCAACAUAAUCACCCCAGAGCAUUGAAAACCUUGGGAGGGAUUAUUAUGAAUGGGAAGUACAAUCAAGAGAGGGACGUGUCUUUGGGAAGGGCGAUGAUCAAGCAAUCAUCUGAUAUCUUAAAGAUGAUCCGAGAAAAAAGACAAAAAGAGCAGCAAAUAUGA